CUCGAGCACGAUGGAGGACGAGGAGGGCUACACGGCAUUCAACCUGCGGCCCAAGCAGGGCGGCUCGGGUGGCCCAUCCCCAGCUAGGAAUCAAGAUUCCCAUCAGUGUCCUGGCUGGCUUCAGGUCACUCUAGGGGCUGGGAAUCUCGUCCUGGCAGCGGCUGUGCUAUUGCUGGUGGUUUGUGUUUCCCACUUGGUGUCUGAGAAGGGAAAGACCCCGACAGCCCCUGAUUGCGAAGGAGCUGGGAGCAGAGAGACACCAACACCCCCUGGGAGCGACGGAGCUGGGAGCAGAGAGACACCGACACCCCCUGGGAGCGAUGGUGCCAGGAGCAGAGAUACAGCGACACCCCCUGGGAGCGAUGGAGCCGGGAGCAGAGAUACAGCGACACCCCCUGGGAGCGAUGGAGCCGGGAGCAGAGACCCCAGCACAGCAGAAUGCAGUGCCCGCCUGGAGCGUUUCCAAUCCCAGCUGUGCCCCCCGGCCCAGCCCGGCCCAGCAGGGGGGUCUGGGUGCAAACUCUGCCCCACAGACUGGCAGCUGCGUGGGGACAAGUGCUACUGGGUCUCCAGAGGACGUAAAACGUGGAGCGAGAGCCGCACUGACUGCUCAGCGAGGGGCUCCCAGCUGCUGGUGAUCCAGGACCCCGAGGAGCUGUUGUUGACAAGCUGGAUUCCCAAGAGAAGAGCCCGAUGGCACGUCUGGUCACCGGCUGCCUGUCACACACUCACUGUAGGAGUUCAUAAAGGACCUGACAAAACAUUCACAUCUGUUCUGGGUCGGACUGUCUGUCCCCUCCCCGGAGAAGGCCUGGACCUGGCUGGACGGCUCCCGGCUGGAUCAGACCCAGUUUCUGGUGUCAGACCCGGUUGAGAACAGCUGUGGGGCGGUGUGGGGGAAAUGGAUUCAUUCUGAUGCCUGCAGCUCUGGACUUCACUGGAUUUGUCGGA